AUGGAUCAAAUCCUCAACUUAAACUCCAGAAAUAUAUUAGAUGGAAUCGAUAUUCUAAGUGAUGCGAGCUCUUCUAGUGAUGAAAUUGAUUUUAACGAACAGAUUAACGAUUCCGAUUUUGAAGAUGACCUGGACGAUUUCGGUGAUGAAACAAAUGAUUUCACGAAAAAAUUAAAUACAAAUAGAGUUGGCCCAAAUUGUCAAACAAAGACGGAAGGAGUUCAUCAUGCUGAGAAACAAGCUGAUAAUCAUGAAGAAAGAAAACGAAAAAGAGUAAAAGACAGAGCUGAUAGGGCCACAGUUGAACAGGUUCUCGACCCCCGAACGAGACUGGUACUGUUCCGUUUGUUACAAAGAGGAAUUUUGGAAAACCUACACGGAUGCAUAUCUACCGGAAAAGAAGCCAACGUUUAUCACGGCACUAAUGCCGAUAAAAGUCUCGCCAUUAAAAUUUACAAAACCAGUAUUUUAACCUUCAAAGAUCGUGAAAGAUAUGUGGCUGGUGAAUUUAGAUAUCGUAAUGGAUACUGCAAACAUAAUCCUCGUAAGAUGGUGGCCGUCUGGGCUGAAAAAGAGAUGCGUAACUUGCUUCGCAUGCAUCAAGCAGGUCUUCCAGUGCCUAAACCACAUAUUCUUAAAGGACAUGUAUUAGUGAUGGAUUUUAUUGGUAAAGAUUGUUGGCCUGCUCCUCUUCUCAAAAACGCAUCAGUAACUGUUGAAGAAGCUGAACCUAUGUACCUACAACUAGUCCGUGAUAUGCGCACAUUAUAUCGCGUAUGUCGUCUUGUUCAUGCUGAUUUAUCAGAAUUUAACACCCUCGUGCUUGAUGGAAAGUUGUACAUCAUUGAUGUUUCCCAAUCUGUUGAACAUGAUCAUCCUUAUGCUUUGGAUUUCUUACGCAUGGAUUGUAACAAUGUCAACAAAUACUUCAAAGAUUUGGGUGUUCCUGUUCUAUCACUGAGAAAGUUAUUCGAGUUAAUUGUCGAUCCGCUAGUUGGAGACAGUAAAGUAGAAUCGUACUUUGAUGAAAGAUCUCAUGAGCAUGCAGAUGAUAUUGUAUUCAUGAAUGCUUUUAUUCCUCAUAAAUUGGAUCAUGUUUUGCAUUUCGAAAGAGAUAGUCGGUUAGAGAAGGCUGGAGACGAAGUUAACAAUCCCUUCCAAAACAUUGUUUCCAAAGUUAAUACAGGAAAAGGAUUCUCGAAGAAAAACAAUGAUGAUAGUGAGAAUGAAGAUGAGGAUGAAGACGAAGAUGAUGACGAAAUAGUGCCCGAGAAAGAAGAGAAAAUUAUCGAUCCAGAAAAGGAAGAGAGGCUCAAAUUGUAUAAAAGGAAUCGUGGUGAAACAACUGAUGAACGGAAAGCUCGUAAAGCACAGAUAAAAGAAGAACAAAGAGAGGGUAGAAAAGAUAAAACUCCAAAGCACGUGAAGAAAAGAGCUCACCGUCAACAUAUGAAAUAA